UUUUUUUUUUAAAUCUAUAAUAAAACAAUGGAAGGUAUAUUUAUUUAAGUAUGUCUAAAAUUAAUUUUUUGGUAGAUAAAGUUAGCCCUGCUCAGAACUUAGUAAACCUGAACGCAGCCAAUGAGAAUAAAUAUUUUCAACCAAUCACAUCACGAAUAGAUUGGAUUCACAUACAUUUCAUCUCAAUUUUAUUAUGGGAUGUUCUCUCUUUGUCUAACAUGAAUAAAAUUUCUAACCUGUAAACAAUAACACUGCAUAAAAUUACUAGCAACGUUUGAUAAACGUAAACUAAAUUUAAGGAUUAUUUGAAAUUAAAUAUUGUUGACUUGAAUUACAAUAACAAAGACUGUCAACAAAAAUGAAGAUUCCAACCACAAGUUUCACUUUGCAAAGUGGUGAUUCCACUUUGUCAGGCUUCGUAGAUCGUCAGAAGGCUCUUUUCGACCAACUAUCUCAAGCAGAAAAAGAUUGCAAUAAAGAUCAAUCAACUCCAAUCGACGCCCGUGACUUUGAGUGCAAAAAAUUUCGUCGUCCACCUCCGCCAGGUAAGCGCCGAAAAAAUGAAGCUAGACAAUUUCGUGGUAAAGAAAGUAUCUUUAAACAAGUAAGUUUGCCAUCGCCUUUUGCCAAUCACGGUGUACCGGAUUACCAUAAAAAUCCUCAAAAAUGGACCAAGUACAGUCUAGAUGAUGUCAAUGAGGCAGAUAUGAGUGACAAAAAAAAUACACAAGCAGCUCUUGCAUUUCUAAAAGGGUUAAGGGCACGGAGGUCCAAAGAUAAACUCGAUUUCGAACAUUCAGAUAUGCAAGUUGAUGAUCAACAUAACUGUGCUGGUUCUUCGAAUCGUUCAGCAUCUUCAGCAUCACAAGCAUCUCAAGCAUCACAAGUGGUAUUCAGAAAACCUACUAAGCAAAUUGAUCGUAAAAAUAAAGAACAAACACGUGUUGAGAUUGUCGAGACUGAUAAUAAUCCUAUUUUUGUGGGAAGUAAAAUUAUUUUUCCUGAAUAUGUAGUAGGUCAGAAACCUAUUAACAAAUCUAAAAAAGAAAAACAAAAUCCGGUUAUCAAAGUCGAUCGCAGCAAGCAAAUAAAGUUAGAUCAUCUUCAAGAAUAUGAAGAUGAGUAAAGAUUGUAAUAUUUAUUUAUUUUUAUUAUAUUUUAUUAAUAAUAAUAAUUAAUAUGGAUAGAUAUUUAUUAUUUUAAGCCUGUUACCCGAUCUGAUUUUCUUGAAGAAUGUUCAAUUUUUUAUUAUUAUUCUUUUAUAAUAUUUAUUUACACUGAGUAAAUAAUUACAUCUUUACACAUUUUCUAACAAAAAUUGUCGAGAUAAAUUAUAAUUGUUGUAAUUUCACUUAAGGGGAGAAAUACGUGUAGAAAGAAGUUUUCAUGCUGAUUUUUUAUUAAUUUUUUUAAGGUAUGAAAAUUAAUGUUAUCUAUUGAAACUAUCAGGUUAUUUUCUACAUAUAUUUAUAUUUUUCCAUAUUUUACGAUAAUAUGACUUAAAAAGUAGCGGAGAUAUCAGCUGAUACACAUGGUAGGUUGUCUUCCGACUUAGCAGUUGGUGGGCACUAUGGAAGCCACAAUUUUUAUCUGAAAUCAAUAGCACAGAAAAAUUACUUUUCUUUAUACAAUUAUGCUGAAUAUGAACCUCCAUCAUAAGCGAUAUUUUUAUUUAAACUAUUUUUUUUUU